ACGCGCCCCCCCGCGGACGCCCGCCCCGCCCCUGAGCGCGGGGCCCCGGGCGGCAUGGGGAAGUGUCAGUCCAAGCGCGGCGAGCGAGGCCACUCACCGGCUCCCCGCGGCCCCCCGCGCCCCGGCCGCGCCGCAGCGCCCCAGAGAGAGAGCCCCGAAGGGGACAGCUUCGCGGUGUCCGCGUACGCGAGUGGCCACAAAGGCGCGGAGGAGGCAGAGCGGCGCGUCGGCGGCAAGCAGGAGCUGCUCAGCGGGGACCUGCAGGAGGGACCUUUCUGGGAGGACCAGUGUCCCCUAGAGGUGGCAGUCACCCCUGAGAAAGCCGAGGGCCGAGGCAGCACAGGACAGCUCUUUGGCGUGCUUGAUGGAGAGAAAGCAGCAAGCCGCGAGGGCCCACGAGGGCUGGGCAAGAGGCACCUGAACAUCGAUGCGCUCCAGUGUGACGUCUCAGUGAAGGAGGACAACCAUCAGGAGUGGACGUUCACAUUCUAUGGUUUCGACAACAAUGGCAUAGCCACCAGGGAGGACGUGUCCAGCCUGAUGCACACCAUCUGUGAGGCCGUCGACGCCUCCGUCAGCCACUCCUCUGGCAGCAGCAGGACCCUCCGUGUGAAACUGACCGUCAGCCCCGAGUCCUCCAGCAGGAGAAAGGAGAGUCCUCCCCCAGGCCAAGACCGGGAGCCCACUCACUGCAGGACGGAGGGCGAGCUCAGCGAGGACCCCCGGAGGGCCGACAAGAGGCUGUCGGCACAUGUCAGGAAGCCGGGCGCCGACCCCCACCCCUGCUGUGCACGGAGCCCGUGCCGCAUGGACGAGAACACGGAGCGGAGGAACCACUACCUGGACCUGGCCGGAAUCGAGAACUACACGUCUAAGUUCGGGCCUGGGUCCCCGCCGGCACCAGCCAAGCAGGAGCAUCAGGGCAAGGCCGUGCACCCCCAGAGCAGGUCCCACUCGCAGGAGGCGGACGCACACGAUGCGCACCACCGCAGGUCUCAGCCGCUGGCCGACCAGCCCCCGCCGGCUGCAGACCCCGCCAGGGCCCUGGACGCGCAGCCCCUCCUGAAGGGGCAGGACAAGCAGCCUCUGAGGUCCCCCAAGGGCUCAGGGAGGCCACCUGGGGCGCCCGGCGGAGGCAAGCCCGGGAGAGCCUUCGGCUCCCACCUGCCGGCGGCCCCGGCCCCCGCCCCCCAGGACGGCCAGCACCCCCCCCAGCCCCCACCGCAGCCCUACGGCCACAAGCGCUACCGGCAGAGGGGCAGGGAGGGCCACUCGCCCCCCAAGGCGGUGCUGGAGCACGAGGGGGUGCGGGGCCCGCCGCCCCCGCUGGUGGGGGAGGGCUGUGCGGUGCCCGCGGUCCAGCGCCACGAGCACCACCACCACCACGAGCACCACCACCACCACCACCACCACCCAUCCUAGUGCCAACCGCGCACCGGCCCCGGCAUGGGCUCCGCGGAGGUGGCGCCGAUGGACCUGGUGGGGAGGGCCUCCUUGGCCCCCCGCCUCCCCGCACCGUGCUGCCCACAGAGGCCGUGUCCACACGAACACGUGGGACGCCACUGGCGUCUCAGCUUUGAAGCUACUCCGCGUGCCCCGUAGACACCCUCCGCGGGUGGAGAAACAUAGCCGGUAUCUGCUCUUGUUUGUGAUUCCAGACGAGGCCCCUGUGGUGCUGGAGGGGCUCCGCUCGGACGCCACACGUCCGGUGUGGGCUCCCUGUUACGUGGCCCUUCCUGUAAUCUGUUCACGAGGAAGUCCAAAGGGGGCAGCGGCAGGGGGGUGGCCGCGCAGGACGGGGCGUCGUCAGGAAACGCGGCGGCGGGGCAGGGAGGCCAGGCAGGGCCGAGGGGCUGCAGGAGGGGCCUCCGGCAUCUCCGCGGACACAGACGUGGACGGCAGGCCGGCCCCUCGUGCUUGGUGGACGCAGACCCGAAGCGGCGUGGCGGCAGACCCGGCCUCCGCCAAGUCCCCCUGUGGGAAGGCAUGAUCCCCAUUCCCUCUGGGCGUCAGAAGGGCUGUGGGCCAGCAGGAAGUCUCACCCCGCCCCAGCGCUCCCACGGAGGCAGGAAGUUACUGCUCUUUUGUUCUGGAGAGGCACGCCGACUCCCCGGCAGCUUGCGUGUCUGUGUGGGUGGCUUUCACUGGCCUUCGUGGCACCGCUGUUGAGGGUGAAGCGUCAGCGGUCGACGCGUGAGGUCCCCCCUCAGGCACAAUGAAAGCGUGUGCAUU